AUGCGAGGAUGCAGAUCAAUCCAUGGAAUCGUCGCCGUUGACUUUGGUAUUGAGCCCCACCGUCUACAUCUUCAAUCUCCGUCGACUGACCGGUCGUCUGGAUCCCAGGCACAUUCCCAUGCGCGAAACGCGCUUGUGGAGACUCGCAAAUCGAACCCCGUAGCUGCAAGCGAAGAGCAUGACCUCGCGGCUGGAGAAUUUGCGACAGCCGCUCAGAAGACUUUAGACAAGAACGCUUUACGGACCCUUCUUCUUCUCGAACAACACCACAAGCGUCUAGCGAAAAUCAUCCGAUUCCAACAUGAGAAUCCUGUGCCGGCUUCGUCGCCUGAGCCCACCGCCCCGGCCGCCACUCCCUCCGUAACAUCACCAGCAGCCCCGAAUACACCGUCCAGAUCCGCCCCCUUUACAGCGCUUUCACCUCCAGUGGUGCAACAGCCACCACGGCUGCAGACUCCCAUUCGUACUGGUGGUCGUGAGACAACCUCUCUCGCAAGCAAUCUUGCGUCCGCGCGCGGUAUACCCGCUUAUUCACGUGGAAGCCCUGCCCCGCCAACCCUGUCGACGCAAAAUGAGAAUGCAAAGAUGGCUGAAAUGACACAUAAGCCGAAAAGAGGUGGCACUGAAUAUAAACAAAGUCGUUCAAAGCGUGGUUCAGAUUGGACACCAUCUUGGUCGCCAGCCAUUAGUCCCACUGAGGCUCCUCAAAAGCACAGCCCAACGCCGGAUAGUGGGAGAGAUGUUUCCGCAGCAUUAAAAUCCCUUGCUGGCGAUGAACCAUUUCGGCGAUUUUACUCCACUUUUGGGGGAUUGAUAUCAAAAAUGUCGGCGCCCCUUGCUUUUGCUAGUCUUCCUCUUGGGGUCGAUGUUACUGGCCAACACUCCCCUACCGCAAGUAAAUCCUCAGCGGACACAAAGCUUGAUCGAUAUUCCGUAGCAGCGGCGGACUUGACGCAUUAUUCUACGAAUGAACUAGACGUCAAGAAGCUUGUGUCUAGUGCUGCACUUCGAGCCAUCAGGGACAAAGACGGUUAUUUCUCUGGAAAUAGCUCAGAAUCAUUUUAUGUGGUGCCAACUUCCGGUGGGAUGAUAUCAUACGCAGGGAUCCUUUCUCGUGCAGAAAGGGAAGCACGAAGAAGUAGUUUCGACGAUGAUGAAGAUACAUUCGUCGAUGCGCGUGAAAAUCCUCCCUCGCCAGAAACUAAAAAUAGCAUGAGCCGAGAUAAGAAUAAAGGCACCUCUCCUUCUGCGUCGGCAUCAAGACGUCCCUUGCCGGGACAAGACACAACGAGCUCAAAUCAGACCGCCCAGGUUGAAAUGGACAAAGUCAGAGAGCUAGAGGAGCUGGUGAAAACCCACGAGCAAGAGCUUGAAAAAGUUGCGAGGGAAAAUGAAAAGCUGAGGAAUGCGCUAGGCCGGUAUAGGGAGCGCUGGGAGAGGUUGAAGGAGGGCGCCAGGAAUAGGCGAGAGGGGAAUGGAAGCAGUAAUACCGCCCGACCUAGUUCGACGACGGCAAUACCACAGACCGAUGGCACUCAACAAGACUUGCAAUCGCCUGCACCUGCUGUUGAGAAUGGGGAUGUUAUCAUCGCCGACCCAGACCCCAAUGAUGCAUGA